AUGCCUCUCCUAUGCGAGGCGCUCCCAACUACCCGUCGCCGCAGUUGUGGCAGCCAGGGCCGGCGUAUUAUGAUGCUCCUGCGCAAUACGCUGCUGCUGCUGCUGCCGCCGCCGCCGCCGCCGCCGCCGCUACUGCUGCUGCUGCUCUCGCCGCCGGACAACGACAACAACAACAACAUUAUCACCAUUAUCAUCAUUAUUUCCAUCAAGGCCAAUACCAAUUUCCUCACCAUUUUCAUUAUCAUCACCAUCAUCGUCAUCAUCAUCAUCAUCAUGACGGCUGCUUCCCAAGCAUCAACUGCUACAACCACAAUGCGGCCAUGUCGCCUGCUGCUGUGCCUGUGCCACUUGCGGUACAAGCAGCAGGCGUGCCAUUCGGCGCACCGAUGCCACGUACCGAUGAAACUGAAGGCAUUGCUGUGGGCCCGCCGAAACAGGGAAGUCCCGCGGCCGUCCUACUACAUGAAGAGGAAGAAGACAGCGUGCCCGACGAUUUGA